CUUCCGGUCGGUCUCGAACCUUCGUCUCCAGCUCUCCUCCGCACCGCAGUCCGCAAACCCCAGUUUCUCAAGCAUCGAAGAAUGGAAAGAGGAGAUGGCGCUAUACCCUUCCGCGCCACCAACAUCGCCGCCGCCGCCGGCACGCCCACCUCUGCUUCUACUGCGGGCCGCCCCCAGCAAGGGGAUAGGGAAAAUGCUGUCAGUGCUGAGAUUGAGAGGGUUAACAAACUGCCAGCCAAUAGUUCCUAUGCCAUACACCGCUUGAAGGUUCUAAACAAGCUUCGCCAUCUAUUAUCUAUCAAGAGAACAACAUCUCAAGAUGAGGAGCUUGAACUUCUUUUUGCAAGCCUUUCAAUUUAAACACUAUCGGACUAUCCUGUAUCCUCCAUAUGUUACAUAUGGUAGCUGGGUGCUCCGUUUUGGCAUUUCUGCUGUCCGUCGAACAUGUUUCCAGUACGGUUUUCUGAAGUUAUUGGAAAUCACCCUUCUAUUUUGUAGAACUUUAUGAGUGGAUGGUGUUGAAACUAUGAUGUAUGGAGUAUAUGAUCUUCCGUACGCAAAUGUCACUCUUAACCAUAACGGAACUUCUAUAGUUCUAUUGUAGAUGCCCAAAACUUUAAAAAUUGUAUGACAUUAUUAGGUGUUGCUAUGUUGGCAAUGGAGCAAACAUUCUGAAUUUAUGCUACACUUGGAAGUGUAGCAUAAAUUCAAAUCUAACCACCGUAACGCGUUUCGUUCGAGUAAAA